GUCCCCCGGCGGGACGAUGACCCAGCGCCGGGAGCCGAGCGCCCAUCUGGACGAGGAGCUGCGGGCGCUGGGGUGGUAUCAUUAUAACCUUACUCGACAUGCAGCAGAAGCCCUGCUUCUUUCCAAUGGCAAGGAUGGAAGCUAUCUCUUGAGGAAGAGUAACGAAAGGGAAGAUUUGUAUUCCCUCUCUGUAAGGGGAAAGGAUUCUGUGAAACAUUUUCAUGUUGAAUAUACAGGAACCUCACUCAAAUUUGGAUUUAAUGAAUUUUCCAGCUUGAAGGAGUUAGUCAUGCAUUUUGCAAAUCAACCUUUAAUUGGAAGUGAAACAGGAACCUUAAUUGUAUUGAAGCAUCCCUACCCACAUGAAGUGGAGGAGCCAUCUAUUUAUGAGUCUGUCCGAGUUCACACAGCAAUGCAGACAGGAAGGACAGAAAAUGAUCUUGUUCCAAAUGCUCCCUCACUUGGUACUAAAGAAGGAUAUUUGAUAAAACAAGGCAAAAUUGUUAAGAACUGGAAGACAAGGUGGUUUACACUGCAUAGGAAUGAACUUAAAUAUUUCAAAGACCAGACAGCCACAGAACCAAUUCGGGCACUCGACUUAACUGAAUGCUCAGCAGUGCAGUUUGACUAUUCCCAAGAAAGAGUCAACUGUUUCUGCUUAGUGUUCCCACUAAGAACAUACUACCUGUGUGCAAAAACUGGAAUAGAAGCAGAUGAGUGGAUUAAAAUACUGCGAUGGAAACUGGUAAGAUGGUGUGUGUUGUUAAAAGGCAGUAUGCCUUGUGAUAUGAUAAACUCCCAGUGCUAGAGCACACCAGUGCUACAGGUCUCACUAUCUGCAUGGAGAGAGUGCUGCUCUGGCUUCCAGGCCAACUAGACUAGAAUAUGGAGUUUUCAUGAAAUGCAUGAGCCUGGCAGCCCACUUUACUACUUUUGGGAUGCCUUUUUGAUAUUUAGGCUUGUUAUGAAGAAGCAAUGAAUUAACAUCAUUAAAGUCAUUGCCCUGUAGAUGGUGAACAGUAUUGAACAGCACAGAUUGCACACGUUGGUCCUGAAGGAAACAGGAAGACUUAAAAACGUUACUUCCUUAAAAAAAAUGAGUAUUUAUCUUGGUUUUACUCAUCCACAUCCACAUCCACAUGCAGGUAGACAAAUGAUAACGGGUUGUUUCUCUGUUCUAGUCACAAAUACGGAAACAAGUGGAGCAGCGCAAUGCCCCCAGUUCCCAGUUGCACCCCUAAUCCUUCCAUUCCACGGGCAGGAAUUGCCUCUCAACCACAGGGAAGGCAUCUGACCACAGGAAGAGAGUUCCACAUCUCCACUACUUGCCCACACGCAGACAUUUGCAUCCAGCUCUGCAUACAGAGGAUCUGUACAGCUUUCAGGACUGCUUUCAUGUUGCUGAGUCAUGUGUGGAGACCAUUGCAAAAUCACAGCGUCAGUUUGAUGUGUGUGGUUUAUGUCUUCAAGGCUCAAUCAUUCAGGCACCCAUUAACUAAACACAGAAGCAGUCACUUCAGAACUUCUGUGGUUAUCCAGAGCCAUCUUGAGAACUUACUGCACGCUCCAUCACAGCUACCGUUAGCAGCCACAGACUGUAACACUCAGCCUGUUAUUUAAAAUUGGGCCUUUCUGGAAACAUUAAAUAUUACUUUUGUGUGGCCUGUCGGGAUCUAGGCCAAAAGAAGAAUGACAGAGCCAAUUACAUUUUUGUAAGUACUAUCUACAUUAACACCCGCAGAAUUAAACCUAGUAUUUCAAGACUUUUGAAGGUAAUGGAGGAGUAAUACUUCUGGUCAAGUAUAUUUUUGUACAUUUUAGAUUUAUACCACAGUUACGGCUUUGAAUGAACGUUUAUUUUAAAUGGCAUGGACAGGAUAUGGUAAGCAGCGACAGAAACACAUUUGUUUACAAACCCAGGCUAUGAAAAACAGGCAGCUAGUUCUCAGCACAUGUGUGUGCUGCUACAGGACCCUGAGGAUGGAUGACAGAGCUCUGCAGAAGGCUUUGCUGGUGGCAGCCACCAACGUUUUAGCAGCAUUGAUGGGACCACAUGCUCCCCUUUGAAAAUGAGCUGGAUUUUGUAUUUUUUUUCCCCUCAAGCAGAUAACUUGGUUUAUAAAAUGAGAUUUCAUCCACAACUGCAUUCAAGAAUUAAGCACUGCUUGCUUUACACUGAACAAGAAGAGCAACAGGAAAGCACAAUAUACACUAAAAAACAUACACGUGUGCGUGUGUGUUUGAAAGAGUAUAUCUUCUACAUGAUGGAUGAAAAUUUCCAUAUGCAUUUUGGAAGACUCAAGCACACCUAAGUGUUGUGGCUCACCAGAGUUCAGAAGCAGAAGCCUUGUGCUUUGGUGCUACAAUGAAAAAAAAGAGGUAUUAUGUUUUGAAAGCAAGUUUUGACACUGGAGGGUCUCAAGGCCAGCCUGGUCUAUCUCCCAUCUGACUGCUCCUCUGGGAGACGUGGGGUGAGCAGGGAGAUCCCUCUCUCUGUAAUGGUCACAUUUCUGACGAACUGCUGCAUGCAUGCAAACCUUUUCCCUGGACAAUGUGCAGCUCAGUGUUCAGUAGAUGCCUUUACUGUGAGAAAGUUGAAGAGAAAAAGGAGCAGAAACAUACUAGAAGAACAUACGAGAUGGAAAAUCCAGCUUUGGACAGGAAUAGCAUUUUAUUUCAACUUAUACAUUCAAAACAUUUGUAAAUAUGUUUAUAUACUGUUUUCUGAAUAAAAAGUCAUUAU